AUGGAGUUGUUUCUUAAUCUUGGAAGAAAAUGUGAGGAGAUUGCUCCACAAAAUGUGAUCUGGCAAUAUCUAGCUCCACAUCAGAAUAUGUAUGUGACAUUGAAUGAAGAUGAUGGCGUCCGUAUUAUGAUACAUCUUUACACGUCUAUGAGAUUGACAAUAAUUAAUAUGAGAGCAGUGAAAAAAGAUGAUAUGGGUUCCCACAAUCUUGAAAGGUUUGAAACUGAAGAAGAGACACAGACUAGUAAUGAUGACCAUCUUGAAGUGGCUUUCGUAAGAAAUUCCAUAGACGUUUGGAGUCAUUGCAUCCGUGGAGAGGGCCAAAUAUUCAAGGAUGCUACAGAAUUUCGAAAAUGUGCUAAAAAUUAUGCAGUUGCUACAAAACGGUCAUUUUUGUAUAAAAAGAAUGAUAAUAAGAAGGUUAUUCUUGUCUGUAGCACAAGCAACUGUUCUUGGAGAAUAUAUGCUUCAAGACAUAAAGCUGACAAACUUUUUGGCAUUAGAAAAUGCAAUCUAAUUCAUACUUGUGGAGAUGACAAUCUUCGUAGUAGAGGACAUCCUAAAGUUGAUGCUGCCUGGGUUUCUAAUAUUGUGAUGGACAGAUUGAGGGGAGAGCCCUCGUAUCGACCAUGCAUGAUGUUGAAAGAUAUUCACAGAGAUUAUGGGGUCGAGCUUAAUUACAACAAGGUUUGGAAAGGGAAGGAAUUGGCAAUGCAUGACAUUCAUGGUGUAGAGGAGGGGGCGUAUGAUAGAUUAAGAUGGUAUUGUAGUGCUAUCAAAGAAACUAAUCCUGGAAGUUUUGUCGAGUGUGAAAUUGAUCAUUGUAGUAAUAACUUUAAACGAUUAUUCAUCUGUUUCAACGCAUGUGCAACUGAUUUUAUCAAUGGAUGUAGGCCCUUGGUUUUCUUGGAUGGCACUCACAUAAAGAAUAAAUACAAGGGAUGUAUUUUGGUUGCUGUGGCAAAGGAUGCUAAUGAUGAUCUUUUCACAUUAGCAUACUCAGUUGUAGAUGCUGAAAAUGAUGAUAAUUGGGGAUGA